UCCCGCUCCAGCCUCUCAGCAGAACUCAGUCACUUGUAGCUUCCUCUGAGUUGACAACUCAGCCCUGAACUUAUCCAAGUGUAAAAAUAUCAGCCCUUUCGCCAGCACACGUUGUCAAAUGGUGUGUAGCAGAACAAACUAAGAAAACAUUACACUGGUUAACUUACAAAGGACUGGAAUUGUAUAGCAUCAGAGAAAUGCGUUCCAUAGUUGGACUGGUGGGCGUCCUGUCCGCGGCAACCUGCUACCUGUACCUGCUGUCCACGCACCUGCCCGCCGUCUCCCCAAUCCCAUCAGACAACACAGACGAGGACUCGGAAGUCAAGGAGUAUCGGCUGAAGUUCCCUUCUGACCUGGACGAGCUAAGGGAGCUAGCGGAGACGCUAAAGUUCUACAAGAGAGAACACCACAACUAUGUCCUCCUGCUGUUCUGCAGCGCCUACCUCUACAAACAGUCCUUCGCCAUCCCUGGGUCCUCCUUCUUGAACAUGCUGGCCGGGGCUCUGUUUGGGACCUGGGAGGGUCUGGCCCUGGCCUGCCUCCUGACCACCUCGGGCUCCACCUUCUGCUACCUGCUCUCCUCCGCUUUCGGGAAGGAGCAUGUCAUCCGCCUCUUCCCUGACAAAGUGGCCUUGCUGCAGAGAAAGGUGGAGGAGAACAAGAGAAGUCUCUUCUUCUUCCUCCUCUUCCUGCGUUUGUUCCCCAUGACACCUAACUGGUUCCUUAAUGUCACCUCCCCCAUCCUCAACAUACCCCUGACUCUCUUCUUCCCCACUGUGCUGAUAGGUUUGAUUCCAUAUAACUUCAUCUGUGUCCGGACUGGGUCCAUUCUGUCCAAGAUCUCCUCCAUGGAUGACAUAUUCUCCUGGGGAACGCUGGCUCAGCUCCUGGCCAUCGCCUGCGGGGCUCUCCUCCCGGGUGCACUGAUCCGCCGCUACAGCCAGGCGGCCCUGGACGGCGCCGAGCAGACACAGGACAGAGGCCAGCACCACAAGGCCCAAUGAGGGGGGACAACAACACAGAUGAGAAACAAAAGAAGAGGAGGAGGUGGACUGGAACGACAAUGUUUCACAAGGUGGUGUGCUUCUAUCCCCAACGUUCUCCAGCAUUACAAUAGGUGAUUUUAUUAUGGUGUGUGCUGCUUUCUUAAACUAAAACGUCUUAAAUCUGUGUUUGGGUCAAGGUAAAACCAAGCUUAAACCGUUCAAGGUGAAUUAUUUUACAUAGUUGACUUUCUCUUCACUGCUCAGAAUAUUUGUACUAUUUUUUGAGCGUUGUGCGUGAGUGUCUGCUGACACUCUGCUAUGUCCAGCAGUGCUCAAGACCCUGAGCUCCAUUGUAAUUUCAUUAUUAGUACUAAAGAAUUUGGUUGGAACCAUCUACAGCCUUCACUGACAUUCUCCGCGGGAUGUUGUCCGUGGAACGCAGUGUGCAAUAGAUGCACCCUGUCCUUUCUGAUCAAGACACUUCCUUUUUUGCGGAAGUAAACUAAGUAUAUUUUGUGAAAUGCCUGUGUAAGUUGAUAACGCCCACAGCGAAAUCCAGACAUUUUGUAUUUGUUGACAUAGGCUUUGACUUCAUGGGCUUUGACAAGCAGGGUUUGCAUGGGGAAUGGAGGCUUGUGUCAGAGUACUAUGAAUACUGGUCCUGUUAGAUUCUUAAGACAAUUACUUUUUCUAUAAAAAAAUAAUUGAAAGGGUUGCAUUGUUCUCAAUUAAUGCAUUUUCUGCCUCUUUUUAAUGAAGAUUAUUUGCUAAUAUUACAUUUAUGGUAUUGCCCUUUGUUUAUCAGAUGUGUUCAAAACAGAUUAUUGUUCUUCGAUAUAAAGGUAGUAGCCAAUGUGGUAUUUAAGUAUUUGGAAGCGCCACUAAUGAUAGACAGAAGUCAUCACAAAAUAAAAAUGAAUAAAGUAUAUUUAAAAUGUAAAUUAAGUACCCCCUCCUGUUAUGUUCCGGGUCAAAUUGACCCGUUUUAAAGUUUGAAGAUCUAGGAAAAAUAGUUAAAAUUAUUUUUUCAGUAUGAAACUUCUUCUGCUUGCCUUAAUUAGUGUUAUCAACAUAUACUAUGAAAAUAGUUCAUCUCACAUAUUUGCAACCACCCCCUCCAUGUUUAUAUCACAUAGAUACUGUUCGGGUCAAUUUGACCCAGCAGUAAAACUGGAGGUAAAAGGGUGUCAGAAAUGUCAGACUAAUUCUUUCUUUACAACUGUGAGACAUAUCAACAAGUGGACACUCAACAGGGGAGGGUCAAAACAUAUCAAAUAUUCUCUGCAUGGGAGUCCUACCAACAUUACACUCUGUCAGGCAGACCUUUACAAAAUGAGCAGCAGAAGCAAAUGGAUGACAGUCCAGGAGGCUCGGGACUUCAUCACUGAUCAUGACAGUGAAAUAGAGGAGGAUGUGUCUGAAGACGAAGACGAUCUUGAGCUAAAAAAUCAGAUUCUAAUGAAUCUGAUUUUGAACCAGAUGAGGGAAUUGCUAUUCCUAUUCCUCCUAGCAAGACAUUCAUGUCAAAACAUGGUGAAAUACAGUGGUCUUCAUCCCCAAAUAUGAGUCAGGCGAAACUGUCUGCAGAAAAUAUAAUAAAGACAGUGCCAGGGCCCACUAGGAUGGCAGUGACGCGUGUGACUGACAUCAAGGCAACUUUUGAGCUGGUCAUGCGAAAUUCAAUACAGAAAAUCAUUCUGGAAAUGACUAAUCUAUGAGGGAGACGUGUUUUUGGGGAGAAGUGGAAGGAGCUGGACAAAAAACUUUUAGAUGCGUAUUUGGGGCUCCUCAUCCUGGCUGGGGUCUAUAAGUCCAAGGAUGAAUCGACAGCCAGUCUGUGGGAUGCAGAGACAGGCAGGGCUAUAUUUCGAGCCACAAUGUCUCUGGAGACUUUUCACAUAUUCUCCAGAGUAAUCAGAUUUGAUAAUCGAGAGACAAAGGCUGGUAGACGGGAGAGAGACAAGCUUGCAGCUGUUAGGACAUUGUGGGACAAGUGGGUAGAGCAACUUUCACUACUCUAUAACCCAGGCCCUAAUAUCACAGUGGAUGAAAGGUAUAAUAAUAAUAAUAAUAAUACAUUUAAUUUAGAGGCGCCUUUCAGGUCUAAAUUGUAAUAAAGUGGUGAAACAUAAAAAUAAAAAGUUUUAACAAAUAUCUUUUUUUUUUAAUGAAAAAAACGAUUGAAUUAUCCUAAUUGAACCAUUACCUGUUAGAGGUAAGGAACACUAUUGCACUAAAUAUUGAUAGAAUAGUUACUAAUGGAGUUAGUAAUGACAUGUUCACACUGCUUGUUAGGAUUUUUUUGGGUUUAGGACAUCUUUUGGAUGAUAAAUAUGCACCGGGUCAAAUUGACCCGGGAACACCAUUGCUGUUCCUGAGAAACGAACAUAACAGGAGGGUUAACCUAAUCAAAGGUCAAUAAGGACGGCUUCUCUGCCUCAGUCACUGUUUUUACAACUCAGUUCUUUUUUUUUGAUUUUCUAUACAAUUUACCUUUGUUUGGGGAUCAUAUCCCCAAAAUAUGACAUAUAUUAUGUCAUAUUGGCUUUGUGGACUUGUAAUAAAAAAUUGUUAAAUUAGUAAAGUAAUUAUCUAUAUAUAUAUAUAUAUAUAUAUAUAUAUAUAUAUAUAUAUAUAUAUAUAUAUUCAAAGAGCAAAACUUUGGAGGCAGUUCUAUUAAAGUGAAGGGUUUUUAUUAAAUGUAUUACAAACAUAACACAACAGAUACAUGUAUGUUUGAGAUGCAAAUUGUGGCUUUGUUGGUGAUAACACAGUAAACGACACGUCAACACAUGUAUGCAUACCAUCCAAAAUAACGUCUGUCACAUGAUGCAUGCACAAUAAAUCAUGGUUUCAAACUGAAAAGAUCCCCGAUAACAUAUUCAUGCAAAUUACAUUCAUGACAACAAUAUUGGAGGCAGGAACAAUAAACAAAGUUUAAAAGUGGUCAAUAUUCAAAAAGGCAAUAGACCCUGGUACUAAAGUGAAAUGCAGAUGAAUGGCCAACUUUUUCACCAUCAUUUGUAUCCAAAAUAUUAUAAAUAAUAAUAAUAAUACAUUUAAUUUAAAGGGCACCUUUCAAGACACCCAAGGUCACCUUACAGAGCAUAAAGUUAAAAAUAAUAAUAAUAAAUAAAUAAAUAAAUAAAUAAAACAAAAACAAGACAAAACAAACAAACAAACAAUCAAGACAGUGAUCAGUUAGACGUUGUGUGCGAGUUUGAAUAGGUGAGUUUUGAGUUGUGACUUGAAGGUUGUAAUGGUGUCUGACUGUUUUAUGUGUGGGGGGAGGGAGUUCCAGAGCCUGGGUGCUGAACAUCUGAAUGACCGGGCACCCAUUGUAAUGAGUCGUGAUGUGGCGAUACAUAGUAGUCCAGCAGAAGUUGUGCGGAGGGAGCGGGAGGGAAUGUAUUCUUGGAGGAGGUCGCAGAGGUAACUGGGGACAUAUUAUGACCUAGCCUACAAAAUUGAUCUAGACUUGUUCAAGAGUAAAAUAAAAAAUACAUAUAACACUGCAUCUUUUUUGUUAAACAUAGUAAUAUAUAAAGCUUGGUGCAUAUCUGAGCUGAACACGGUCAUUAGUUCAAUUACCUCUACUUCAGGAGACCGGGCGGACACAUGCCUGAGCAAUUAAAGAAUUAGCUCCCAGUUUUGUCAGGUUCAAAGAAAAAUCAAACAUGGUCAUUUGUUCUGUUAACAUGCCUCUUGUGCUGCCUCAUUUUUUUGGGAAGUGAACAUUAACUUCAUUGUUAAUUGGGAAUGACAGAACAUCCAGACAAUCCCCAGCACAUGUAACAAGUUGUACAUCAGGCUGUUACAGCAGACCUACCUCCUUUAGAGAGAGGCAUUGUUAAAAUGAUUUUGUAAACAUAUGGUAUAAAAACAAUAGCAUAAUUACAUUUGUCAUUGAUACAGGGGUACAUUUGUCUAAUACAGAUUAAAAAUGUACCUCAGAAUGAAGCUUAAAAUUCACAGCACAAACAGUUCAACAAACACUCACUGACUGGGUUGCAUAUAUUUAUAGUUAGCUAUGAUAGGUUCUAUUCAGUGCAAAAGGUUUAGUGCAUUGAGGAAAUCCAAAUCAUCUGUCAAUCACCUGCAUGGUUUGAAAAGAUAAGGAUCCUCUUGUAUAAGCGGCUGUCACGGUGUUAAGAUACACAAUGCAUACAGCAUGAGGUAACAAUAGGAAGGGCUUAAAGGUCAAAGUCUCCUACUAAUUGGCUAGCAGUGUACACCGCUGAUUGGCUGGGAGGGGUUGUUUGGUUUCAUAAGCAAUAACUAUUCCCUACUACUCCCAAGGUUCAUGAACUGAUUAAUUGUAAAGGUAAUAGUUGGGUGUCAUUCACCAAACUCAAAAUACAACGUAAAGCAACGUUCACUUGAGAUGUGUUUAAAAUUGAGUAUAGCGCAUUGCCCUCCCCUAACUAGAAUGGCCGCAACGCUUCCACCACCGGAAAUCAAUGGAGCAGGUAGCAUGGUGUCUGAGCCCGUCUCAAGCAAACACAGCUUAUCAGAAGUCUCAUUAUAAGCUAAAGCAAGAGUUCAAUUGGGAGCAGACAUUCCCAUUCAAAUUCUCGCCGGCCAUGCAAUGCUCAAGUUCUCUCUCUCUUCCCUAUCUCACAGGGUCAUUGCAGAGCAAGCUCAAUUAUAUCUCAUCCAAUCGGGAACCUUUUUGUCUUCAGCAUGCGCUCUGGGAUUAAUGGCAGCAUGUUGGAUUCAGACACCAAUCCCUUUAGGUGGAGAUAGCUAAUAUGUUGGACCUGUCCGAAAACGGCUUGACCCUCCUUCACCCAUAGGAGCACCCCAAACCGGCUUCACCCGGGCGGAGGAGCACCCCAAACCCCCUACCUGCAUCUCAACCAUCCCCCCAGCUCAGGGCCCACAUCCUCAACCCAGCGCCAGGGCUCUAGCAUUCACAGCUAAAGAGCUGGCUUCCCUCAUCUGCCAGUCAGACGGUGACGACUGCCUUGCGGGGAGCAGCAGGUACGGUUGCAGGAUUUUCCUCUUCUGCCGGGGUGAGGGGACUGUCCCCGCCCAUCCGAAGAAAGACAAAAGGAAAAGCAAACUAUCUCCUGUUCAAGCUCCAGUCGCCAAACGCAUUGGCAGACAGGAAAUAAAAAACUCUUGUGCACAAUUUACAGAGAACAGCACCAUAAAGUCCUUGAAAGGCCGGUUGAAGACUAAAGAAUCAAUCAUUCAACCCUCAUGUCAUCGCCCCCGCCGUCCAUCUAUCCAACGUCUCUGCUGGCCAAACCAUUACUGCCAUUUUAAAUCCUCUGAUCAGGCAGGAAUUUGACAUUGCAGUUAUUUAAACCAAAAAUUAAAAACAAAGUCAAUAUCCCUGUGCAUUUUCUAGCAUGCAGCCAAGUAGCUACUAGGCGGCUGCCAAGCACCACCAUAUUCAGCUUGCAGGAACUUGAGCCACAAUUC